GGACGGCCCGCCCCGCCGCCGCUGUCGCCGCGGCUGCAGCCUCUGGUGUCUUGCCAGCUGUGCUUUUGAAAGGCGGCGGGAGGCGGCGGGCGCGAUGGCGAGCCUGGAGCGCCUGCUGUGCGUGCUGAGCCUGCUCCUGUGCUGGGCGGCCAGCCGCGGGCUGUGCGCUCCUCGCGCCUCCACCUCCGAGAAGCCCAUCAUCGGAGUAUUAAUGCAAACGUGCAGUAAGGAAAUGAAAAGCCUGGGAAAAUACUAUAUUGCUGCAUCCUAUGUAAAAUAUCUGGAGUCUGCAGGUGCAAGAGUAGUACCGAUAAGACCUGAUCUUACCAAAGAAGAGUAUGAAAGGCUUUUCCGGUCUAUUAAUGGGAUCCUUUUCCCUGGAGGAAGCGCGAAUCUCAAGAAGUCUGGUUACGCCCUCGCAGCCAAAAAAUUUUACAACUUGGCCAUACAGAGUUUCGAUGAUGGAGACUAUUUUCCUGUGUGGGGCACAUGCCUUGGAUUUGAAGAGCUUUCGUAUCUGAUUAGUGGGGAGUGCUUAUUAACGCUCACGAAAACGGAAGGAGUUACGAUGCCGCUCAACUUCACCAAAGGUGCAUUCCAGAGCAGAAUGUUCCAGAAUUUUCCUGCUGACUUGUUGAUGUCAUUAUCACUGGAACCUCUAACUGCAAAUUUCCACAAGUGGAGCCUCUCCAUGACGAAUUUUACGAUGAAUGAAAAGUUAAAGAAGUUUUUCAAUGUGUUAACUACAAAUACAGAUGGCGAGACUGAGUUUAUUUCAACCAUGGAAGGGUACAGGUACCCAGUAUACGGUGUCCAGUGGCAUCCAGAGAAAGCACCUUACGAGUGGGGGAAGUUAGAAGGCAUUUCUCAUGCUCCGAACGCUGUGAUGGCGGCGUUUUAUUUAGCGGAGUUCUUUGUUGCUGAAGCUCGGAAAAACAGUCAUCAUUUUGAAUCUGACGUGGAAGAGAAUAAAGCACUGAUUUAUCAGUUCCGUCCAGUUUAUACUGGAAAUAUUUCCUCAUCAUUUCAGCAAAGUUAUAUAUUUGAUUGAAAGCCUGCCAUGUGUUAACACAGGAAUUUGGGAUAAUUCCACUAUUAAACUGUUGCAAUAACUUGCUACUCAUGGCAAUAAUGGAAAGCCACAGAGAUUCCUUUUCUGUAAUGUUCCUGGUUCUGAUUCUU